CUGAGUUUACAGCUGUCUCGUUUCUCAUGGUAAGAAUUGCCCGAAUAAGUAUUUAAACCAAACUUUGAAGUAAGUCUCGGCACAGUAACUGUGGAAUCUGUCCAGCGGUAAUAGAUUUCCUCGAAUCUUCCAUCAUGAUGCUGAAAGUUUGUUUAUUGGUUGUUGCAUUUGCUGUGGCCUGCAAUGCCGAAUGUGGCAGCCCGGCUAUAACUCCCAGCAGCCUUCGAGUGGUCGGGGGAGUGGAAGCCAAGGCCCACUCCUGGCCGUGGCAGGUCAGCCUCCGGCUCAGGGGACUUUUCGGCUUUUACCAUCACUUCUGCGGGGGAUCUCUCAUCACUAAUGAGUGGAUAGUCACUGCGGCGCACUGUGUAUACGGGAGAGAGAGCAUCGGCAAGUGGAAGAUUCGGCUUGGCGCGCAUGAUAUCACCGACAAGUCGGGCACAGUGGAGACGUCUGUGUCCAAGAUCGUGCGGCACGCGGGCUUCACCUACCAGGGCCUCUCCAAUGACAUCGCCUUGAUGAAACUGUCUAGCCCCGUAACUCUCAGCGACACCAUCAACACAGUGUGCCUGCCGUCCCAGGCAUACACCUCAGGCAACGCUUACGUGACAGGCUGGGGAGACACUCAAAAGUGGGGGCAAGGUUCGUAUCCCGACAAGCUCCAGCAGGUCAUGACACCGAUCAUGGACCACAGUGAGUGUAACAAGCGAAUGUCUGACAUAAGUGCUGGGCACGUGGACAACACCAUGAUCUGUGGUGGAUUUGACGCUGAGGAGAACGGCGCGUGCAGUGGAGACAGUGGCGGACCGUUUGUGAUCAAGAAUUCCAGCGGAAAGUGGGAGCUGGUGGGCGUUGUCAGCUGGGGCAUGAAGCCUUGCGCCAUGAUUGGUAUUCCCUCGGUUUACGCUGACGUUAUGUAUUUACGGGACUGGAUCCAGAAUUCUAUGUCCUCAAACUAGGGCAUGAAUACUCUACUUAGCGGAGACCAAGCGCAGAAUAAUACGAACUCGACUUGAAGCGCUCUGUAUCGAGUCAAAGCCUUUUGAUUUCUUCUGUCUACUUUCAAUAUCGGGGACCUUGGGUGUAGCUGAAGACCAGAUGGUAAAGGGGGCCGCAAAACAAAUUUCAGAGGAAAUUCGUGCAAAUUUUCAAGUCUGAGACAAAGUAGGCCUAAUUCCAAGUGGUCAUACUGCAAAAAUUAGAGGAAUGUGAAAAAUGACCAUGGAGGUACACGCCUGUGGAGUGGCCGCAAAACACUGUGACCCUAAAUUGUAACCUCCCAUUGAAGUUAUACACAUUUCAAACGGCAAUAAAAAAGAUUUGUAAGCAAAUACAUCUUUCCUAGUAUAAAAUCACGUCACAUAAAUGCUGUGAUUGAUAAGACACCAACUAUUUGCUGGAGGAGCCAUUAGCAUUAAGCAAAAGUACUGAUAGAUCCAUAAAUUAGGACAAAAGAGAAAAAUGUUCUUUUUGUAAAAUGACCAAGAGCUUUUAAAUUGCAGUGGGACAUCAGAUGACGUGAUUCAUGAUUUAUAGAUAAAGUUCCUGUCUUGGGA